GCCAAUUGCGAAGCAAAAAAAAACAAGCGACAAAAAAGAUAACAAAUGUAAUUAUUAAACAACAAAAGUAUAUUUGGCAUUUUCAUUCAAAUGAGUGCCUACAAUCGAAAAGUGUUGAUGAAAAUGUGCUCGAGCAGAGGCACAUUUGAUGCGGACAGUGCGAUGGACGAGUCGGGUUACGCGUCCUUUAAAGCGCUGCACAACUCAACCGUGGAGGCGCCAUUUUUAAUUGAACGUGAUUGUGAGACUGAAAACUGUCGCAAUGCAUCAAAUACAAAUACAACACAUGCAACUGCAACCAACCAACUGCAUAAAACGACGACAACAUUCAAUUCCAUGCAAUUCCAAACGCCAAGUAGCAGCAAUGAAUUCAAUUCCAAUUCCAAUACGAAUACGACGCUAUGGCACAAAUCGUUAAGCCUUCCAACGGCAAACGACUUGCAGCUGGAAGAUGACGAUGGAAUGUGCAAAUCUCCAUUGCCAAUGUCGCUAUCGCUCUCGUUUUCUAAUCAGCUGCCGUGUGCCAACAAGAGACGCAAGACACAUUUCCAGCCAAUGGCACACCACAGCAGUCCCAAGAAGUCCAAGAAGAAGCUAUUUCCACAGCCAUCCCGCGAAAUAAGCUGCCGCACACGAUACUACAAUAAUAUCGAUAAGCUGGACAUUAUUGGAAUGCUGAUCAAUACGUUGCCAGCAUUGGAAUGCAUCUUCACCAAAUUAAACUCCCACACGCUGGACGUCAUGACAAAAGUUUCGGAGCGCUGGGCGCAGUCAGUAUACAAGAGUCAACGGGCCGUGGAGCGACUGCAGAAUCAUCGCUUCAAGAUGAGCCUCACCAAGGAGAAUACACCAGGGUUGAAGCGAGUGGAAUUGUUACCGAAAUCGAAAAAUCAAAUUGUGCCAUUACAAGCAUCGAAUGCCAUACACAAACCAAACAGACAUGAUAGCUAUAACUAUAGGAAUGCUCCCAUGGAGGACAAUUGUCUGCUGGUGGAGCAGAUGCAGCGCAUCAAGUGUCCCCGUUGUGGCAAGUGCAGCAAGGUCUUCUACAGCCAGGCACCCGAGAUGCCCAGGUCUGCACUCGCACUUUCCCAGACAUUACCAUUCACACACACAUAUACAUCCUGCUCCUUUAAUGAGCGUAAGCCGAGCAUGACGCGCUUCUUAUCACUUGAUGAGGUGAAGAGCUCGUCGAACGAGAAUCCCAUUCCCAGCAUUAAAUCCACAUCCGUCACAUUCGGCGAAUGCACCAGCAUCCAGUGCAAAUUCCGUUUCUGUGUUCAGUGCUGCUGUCCGCCGCAUCCUGGCGAGAAAUGUCGCGUCACUGAGAUGGGAACGCCUUCCAAGAUCAUGAUGCCCAGUGAGACGGUGACUCCACCGAAACGAACACAGAAAUACGACUCCAAACUCAGUCGCAAGAAGUCGCUGAAGCGACUUAAUUUUUAACCACAGCCACAAAAGAACAAAUUGUAUCCUUAGUUUUAAAUCGAAUUCGAAUCGAGAGAAGAAAUAAUGUACCAAGGUUUAUACAUGUUUAACUAGUAUUAUAUCAUAGUUGUCCACAUCUCAUUAUGUAUUUUAGUUACAACAAAUGUCAUUCAAUUUUAUCUGUAUUGUUCCGUACUGCUCAACAUUCUUGUACCUCUGUGAGAUUAAAUAGAUUUAAGAUACAUUUUACACACGGAAAUAAACGAUUUUUUAUAAGCAA